GUUGAAAAGUCACCCCAUCCAAAAUUAAAGCUCUACUCUUCAGAUAAAACAAAUUCAAAAUUAUCUUUAUCAGUGAUCCCUCGACCUCCUCUAAAUAAUAAACCAAAGGCAAAAAACCGACCCCGUGCGACACACAAUGAAAAAAACCACCCGCCCACCACGUUUUUUACCCGAAGUCCUGCAAGCCAUCUACGAGCUGAAGGAAACCGGCGGCUCCAACAGCAACAAAAUCGUCACUCAUGUGAAAUCCUCGCUCCACCACAACGAUUCGUUUCCGGCACCGCGAAAUCUAUCCACCCAGGUUCGACGAGCCCUUAAUCACGCCACGACUAAUGGCAUCGUGAAGCAGCGUGCCGGCAAGUUCAGGAUCAACAUCGGCAUCCUGGACCCCUUCAAGGACUGCGCCGAGUGCCGGAGGCGCAAGAGGAUGCAGAAAACGAAGAAGCGGCGGCGGCGGCGCCGGGGGCGGCAUCACGCCGUGCUCCCGGUGCGCGCCCACAGGCACCACGGCAGCGACUCGGAGAGCCUGAGGUUCAGCGACAGCGACAGCGACUUCCCGGUGAAGCAGCUGCGGAGGCGGCGAAGGAAAGGCGGCGAGAAGAAGAGAAGGAGGAGGAGGAGGAGAAGGAGCGCCGGGGAUAGAGAAAACCGGGGCGAGGAGAAGAGAGGGGAUGACCUGAGUAAAGACCCGUAUCCCGACGACCACAAGGACGGCGACGAAAAUAUGGACGACAACAGACAGUGCGACAACCCGGAUUGUCUCUGUAACGUCAAGGAAGAAAUCGAAGAAAUUCAAAACAUGGAUCCUCCGAUGUAGCCAUUCUUUGUCCUGUCGUACGUCCAGGUUUUUGCCAAUAAAAAUUUUUCGCAGC